UAGGUAUUGAAACUUAAUUACUUCAUGAUUCUCAACAAACCAUCUCCCUCUCCCCGAUUUGAGGUUUCAAAACCAGCCAGAGAUUUUACUGCUGGUGUUAUAGCUGGAAUCAGUGGAGGGUUUGUGGGUCAUCCCUUAGAUACUCUCCGUAUAAGAAUGCAGCUUUCCAGCUCGAAGUCGGCGCUAGAGCUUUCCACACAGAUUUGCAUCAAAGAAGGUGCUAGAGGGUUGUUCAAAGGAGCAAUGGCACCAAUUAUAGGAAGAGCUCCAAUAUCAGGAGUAACUAUGACAGCCAAUGACUAUUGCUUAAGAAAUAUUGGCCACUUCAACAUUAGCGACAACAUUAAAGGAAUUGUUUCAGGAGUCUUUGCAGGAAUCAUAUCAUCUCCAAUAUGCUGUCCUAUUGAGCAUAUUAAAAUCAGAAAGCAAGCCUAUAUGAAUAGUAAUAUCAGCUACUAUUCUAUUGUCAAGGCAGAUGGAAUUUCAGGUUUGUUUAGAGGUCUCGUUCCUACAUUAGCCAGAGAAAUUCCAGGAUAUGCAAUGUUCUUUGCAAGCUAUGGUUACUUCAAGAGGCUUUUUAAGACGGAUGAGAUGCAUCCAAACGGCCAAUCACUUAAAAACCUUUACAUUCUUAUUUCUGGAGGGCUUGCUGGCCAAUUAUCUUGGAUUGCCUGUCACCCCAUGGAUGUAGUAAAAAGUACAAUGCAGAAUAACCCUGAAAAUACAAAAAUGAUGUCAACAUUUUCACAGCUAAUGUCAAAACACGGAUAUAAAAUAUUUUUCAAAGGAAUGGGCCCUUGAUUAAUCAGAGCAUUCCCAGUACACUCAAUUACCUUCCUUCUAUACGAAAAACUCAAAAACGCAUUUGAACAAAUAGGAAACACAACAAAUUGCCAACUACUUGUUUAAUCUCACCAAUAUCAUCAACGAAUGGACAUGUAACCUUAAUAU